GCCAUAGAGACUUCUGGGGCCCCUCUAGCUGGGGACCUGGGCAAGGGAGGUUUGGGAAGGGACUGGAGGACUGAGGGAGCCGUUCUGGAGAGCCGGCCCGAGGAGGUAGGGGUGGGCUGGCCAAGUCCUUAGGCUGUUACUUGGUGGACCUCGCCUGCCUUUUUUACUCCGGAGCCCGCUCCCUCCGCAUCCUGCUCUUCCCAUCAGGGCCCAGGUUUCCCGACAGCUUCCAGUUCCCCACCGCACUCGCCUCAAGCCCAUGACCUCGUGCCCCUGCCCGCCCCCCAGCUUUGGAGCUCAACCUCCAUUUCCCCUCCUUCCGUGCUUCGCUACCUCCUUUCUCUUCCGUACCCGGCGCCCGGCUUCUCCUUCCAUAAACCUGGAUCGCCAACAAGGUUGUCCUCCCCGUGCCUGCACCAUCCCCGCACCCAAACACAAAGAACCGCCCCCCCACCCCCACCCCACUGCCGCAUACAGUCCACCAACACACUACGUGCACAAAAGCCGACGGUGCGUUUUGCCCCUGUGUCGUCAAGGGCCAGAAGCAAGGAGACCACCCUCCCUUAGCCUGGGUUUAGACGGUCCGAAGUAUUUUCUGAACUCCCGUUCAAAAUGUCAGCUCUGUGGUUGAGGUUUCCAUCCAGGAGAGCACCCUGGUCUGCGCCUUUUCCAGCUGCAGGAAAGCAAAGUUGACGCUAAGAGAUACUACCAAAAAACACCUUGCUGCCCUUGGCUGAAAAGGACUACAGGAUGGAGAAAGGUUUUGAAAAAGCUUGCUUAAAGAUAGCUCAGUUUGGACUCUUUGGAGAAUCAUCAGUACAGGAAACCAAUUUACCUCCACUUGAACGAUUAGUAGGUUCCUAUGUUGACUAGUUGAGACAAAUAUAAGUAUGGCCUUCUACAAUUAUAAAACAGUCUUAGCUAUUGCCCGGACAAGAUUCCCUAGCUAUUUUGUCCAUCCUACCAGCUCUUACUCCCCAUCAUUUGCAUUUCUUCACUUGCCAGAUUCCCAUUUAAAUAGAACAUACAUCAAGAACUGUGUAAGCAAGAAGUACUCCUAUCCUAAUCAGUCAGGCAAUAAAGUACUUCACCUACGAGCUAGAAUAAUACAGAAGCUGCACACAUCAACUUGCUGGUUACAAGAGGUCCCUGGUAAACCUCAACUGCAGCAAACCCCAAAAAAGCCUCAGGCGACAAGCCCUCAGCCCGCAGAAGGAACUGGCACGAAGAUUAAGGAAGAAAAGCGAUCUUAUAGACAAAGAAUUAUGGAUGAACUUAAAUAUUAUUACAAUGGAUUCUACUUGCUGUGGAUUGACACCAAAGUUGCGGCCAGAAUGGUUUGGAGGUUGUUGCACGGACAGGUGCUGACCAGACGAGAGAGACGAAGGCUCUUGAGGACUUGUGCCGAUUUCUUCCGCCUGGUUCCAUUUAUGGUUUUCAUAAUUGUACCCUUCAUGGAAUUCUUAUUACCAGCAUUUCUGAAAUUCUUCCCAGAGAUGUUGCCAUCAACUUUUGAAAGUGAAUCCAAAAAGGAGGAAAAACAGAAAAAGAAAAUGGCUGCAAAGUUGGAACUAGCAAAAUUUCUUCAAGAAACGAUUACAGAAAUGGCCAGGAGGAACAGGGCCAAGCUGGGAGACGACUCCAUACAGUUCUCCUCCUAUGUCAAACAGGUCCAGACAGGCCACAAGCCCAGCACAAAGGAGAUAGUUCGAUUUUCCAAACUGUUUGAAGAUCAGCUAACCCUGGAGAGCCUAGAUCGACCUCAGCUGGUUGCCCUCUGCAAGCUUCUAGAGUUGCAGGCCUUUGGAACCAACAAUUUGCUCCGCUUUCAACUUCUGAUGAAACUAAAGUCUAUAAAAGCAGAUGAUGAAGUAAUUGCCAAAGAAGGGGUGAGCGCUCUGAGCGUGUCGGAACUACAAGCAGCCUGCAGGGCCCGGGGGAUGAGAUCCCUGGGUCUCACUGAGGAACAACUGAGACAGCAGCUCACAGAGUGGCAGGACCUCCACCUGAAGGAGAACGUCCCUCCUUCUCUGUUGCUUCUGUCACGAACCUUCUACCUGAUCGAUGUGAAGCCAAAGCCAAUCGAGAUACCACUAAGUGGGGAGUCUUCCAAAACAGAUAUUCCUGUGGAAUCACCUACUUCUCUUGGAUCUAAGGAGACGCUGGUGGAUUUAGCACCUCCACUGAAGGGAACUAAGGAUGAAGAAUUUAUACAGCUGCCGCCGGUUCCGUCAUCCCCCAUAACACCAUCGACACCUCUCCCGUUACCUAAGGGACCCAUCACUUCUGCUAAAGAAGCUACACUCCAGGCCGAAUCACAAAAGGCAACGCAGAACAGCAAGGCAAGUUCUAAAGGUGCAUAAGGACCAUGGGAGAUGAAGCUCUGUGGUCAGCUUCCUGCCCGCAGCGGUGGCAUCCAUGCAGGACCAUCCAGCUCAGACAGAUGCUGUGUCUGGUUUAAGCAGAGAUCAGCCGUGUCGUCCUUGGGGCAGUCCUUUGAGGCCUUGUAACCCUUCCAGAUGAUGUCAGCAGUGAGACCAACUUCAGACCAUUUAGAAAUAUAAUCUCAAAGCCACCUUCCUCUGUACCAUGACGUCAUCCCACUAAACUAUGUGAAGCCCCCUCCCCGUGUUAUUUUUGAACAGCUUCAUAUUCGUGUGCAUGUCCUUUAAGGGAGGACUUUUUUUGCAUAAUGUAAUCAGCUUGGCACCUUAGAUUCGAGUAAGAACUUGGAAACUCCAAAACCACCAGGAGACCACCUAACUUUUUCAGUGAUCCAUCAGUAAUAGUGCCCUGGAAACAAAGCACCUUAAUGGGAUGGAAUGGGCUUAUUCCCCAGUAAGGCCUUUCCGGAUAUGAAGAAGAAAAAGCUUUCUGGAGAAGAAAACAGGAGUUCAACAGACUGGCGAUCCACAAGGCCUGGCUGCUGCUCGGCUGCUCAGAGGGUCCCCCUCUGGGGCCCUCGGAACCUGCAGGAAUCUGGGAGGCCGCCACUAUUCCAGCACACGUGGCUUUCAUUAGCCACCAUUUUGCCAGGAAACAUAAUUACGGGUUUAAGACGUAACCAUUUGUCUGUGCUGGGUGUAUGCUUUUCUGGUGUGUGUGUCUUUCACAAACAAGACCAUUUGUUAGUCAUCAGGGUGGUUAAGAGUCUGACACGAUCCCUGAGCUACCCAGUAACGAGUAUUACGUUCAGAUACUUAUGUUUGGGGUUUUCGGGAUGGUCAGUUCUGAUAAAACUUAAUACCUUGCCGUGCAGCUGACCAAGAGCUUUCUUCCCUUGGGGAGUGCUUAGAAAGAAAGAGGUGUUUCGGUUUGUGGGGGAUGAGAUUGGUUUUCUUCACUCUCGGUGAAACUGAAAGCGGUUAGAUGGGAGUCAUUGAAACCCAGUGCAACUCCAGUCUUCCUGUCUGGGAUCACCUACGUGAGGACGGUCAUCAGUGCUUCCCAGCAAAGAUCUGUACUUUACAAUGCUUUCUAAGCUCCUCUCCAUCAGAGGGAAAGCCCCACCCUGGCCUGCUAACGCACUCCAGUUCCUCAAGAAUGAUGAAUCCCUACUACACAGCAUUCGCUUGGUCUCCCCAUUGGCCUAGCAAGAUGAUUCACAAUAAAUUCUCCCAUUUUUAAAACCAUGGGUGUUUAUUUUAAUUAGCUCACAUUUCAAGUGUUGAAUGUGGGCAAGGGAUUAGUUACUUAACUUGUUCAAUCCUGUUUUAGCUGAAUGAUUUAUAAGGACUGCUAGGCUGUUCUGCAGUUCUUUCUGGCUUUUCCUACAAGGCAGAGUAGGAAUGGUUAUGGCAAGGGGCCCCUGGUCAGUUCUGGCUCCAGCUGGCUGGCCUGCACCCUUUUUCCUACAUAUAGGCAUCUGAGACACUGAACAUACUCCUCUUCCCAUUCUUUGGAUCAUAGGUCAAAGAAGUCAGGAUGUUUCUUUGGUCUCAUCACCUAGAGUCCUUGGCUGUUGGGCUCUAUGGGAUUUUUACAUCUAGCCCCUGCUGAAACCGAACUAGCAGUGUUCUGGUAAAUAGUUACCAACCAACUCUGGUUGGGGCACAGUCCCGGCUUAUAGCAUUUGCCUUCAGGCUGCCAUCGAGAGAUCACUGAGGGAGUCAGGAAGAGGGGUGCCCCAUUAGCGCCAGCACGGUCAUUAAAUGGGUCACUUCUCUGCUCCAACACAAACAUCUGGGAGGCAGUGUCCUGUAUGUGGCCCUGAAGGCUUUUAGGUGCCAACCUGGAGGGACCUUGCCCCAGGCUGAAUCUUCCUCAACAGCUGGGUUCUUGCUGACCUUCCAUCCCCUUGGCUCUCCUCAGCUGAGAGUGGGGUGGGAGGCUAUGCCAGCGUGCUACAAAGCUUGCUCCUUCCCUGUAGAUGCCUAGGCUUUGCUGUGACAUCUGCAAAUCAUCCCACUGGGUGGGACUGCAGGCAGUUAAGGCCAGACCUCAGUGGUGCUGUCCGAUUUGGCCGGCAUCCCAUUCAGAGAGCAUUUUGCCCCAACACGGAGGUGUUGGUGGCACCUGAUAUUUACGGACCCACACCUGUGCCACAUGUAAUUCUGUCUUUCAGUUGUUACAGCACCAGUCACACUGGUGACAUCAAAUACACUGUCGUGUUGUCAAACCUAGGCUGAAGAUUUCCCAGUCACUACCAGUUAGCUCCCCGGAGGUCAGGUCAGACCUAGGGAACUUGGAAGCCAAGUGGCACAGCAGCCCCUACGUUGACUGAGAUCUUGGCCUGCUGGCUCCUCCCAGUGGAGACUGCCGGGCACAGCGGCUUCACCGUCAUGGAAACAGAUUUCUUGCUUCAUCUGAAGGUCAAUCUUCCUCACUUGAGGAUCAAUAUAGUACAUUAGUGGUGCCUAGGGACUGACGCUCUCCAGUCUACGGCAAUUAUAAAAGGUGGAAAGGCAGUAUUGAUUAAUGGCAUGAUGAUCCCAGGCCCUAAUCUUUGAACCCUGUGGAAACCAGACAGGUUCAGUGCCUCUGACGGCACGACGUCUUCAUUAGAUAGACUAGACUCCUUUCCUCAGGAGACCCGGUCUGGUUAUCUAAGUAAAAUGGCCAUUUCAUUUUCUCUCAGGUCGAUUUUACUAUCUUUUAUUUUAGACAGCCAGCUCUGUCUCUGGGGGAAUUUGUGGGUGAUUGGAGUGGUAACAGGAAGGACACUACAGUCUUAGUAACGGCGCUGUGUGUUCUCCAGCACCUUCCGUAAGGCAUGGAAAUCCUCCAUCCACUCACACAACACUGCUUCAAGGGAGGGCUGAGGCGAGAUGAUCGUAUUUUAGAAGGAAAGACACCACUCUAAGGUCUCCAAGCAAAUGAUUUUAAGAGCAGAAAUUCAUUUCCUGGCUCUGUUCACCAAGUUACGCCUUCUUUAAACACAAACUGUAAUAUGUUGACAAGACGCGUAUUUACAGAGAGACAUGAGGGUAGGAGAGAACUUUACAACAGUGGCCAACACCUCAGCUGCCCCCUAAAGAGCUAGCUCUCA